UACGUGAGAAGGUUUCCUUCCUCCAUUAAUUUGCACGAGAGAGAGAGAGAGAGAGAGAGAGUGGGAGAGGAAGAAGAUGGGAGGAAUUCCGGAGGUAGCGCUGAGCUCCGGAGGCCGAUCCAUGCCGGUCAUCGGCAUGGGCACGGCCUCGUACCCGCCGGCCUCGGAGGAGGCCUUCCACUCGGCGAUGCUGGAGGCGAUCGGCCUUGGCUACCGCCACUUCGACACGGCGUCGAUCUACGGCACCGAGCAGCGCCUCGGCAGGGCCAUCGCUGAAGCCAUCCAGCUUGGCCUCGUCAGGAGGGAGGAGCUCUUCAUCACGUCCAAGUUGUGGGGCACCGACGCCUACGGCGACCGUGUCGUCCCUGCUCUCCGGGAGUCGCUGAGGAACCUUCAACUAGAUUAUCUUGACCUCUAUCUGGUGCAUUGGCCUUUUAGUCUGAAACCAACAGGAUUUAAGUUUCCGAUCAACAAAGACGACAUCAUUCCGAUUGAUCUAAAGUCUGUUUGGGAGGCAAUGCAGGAAUGCCAGAGGCUAGGCCUUGCAAAGUCAAUUGGAGUCAGCAAUUUUUCUUGCAAGAAGUUAGAGCAUGUUCUCUCGGUGGCCGCGAUCCCACCUGCCGUCAAUCAGGUGGAAAUGCAUCCCGUUUGGCAGCAGAAGAAGUUGAUGAAUUUUUGCAAGGACAAGGGAAUCCAGGUUUGUGCUUACUCGCCACUGGGAGCAAAUGGAACACCAUGGGGGACAAACCAAGUCAUGGAAUGUGAUGUGUUAAAAAAGAUAGCCCUGGCCAAAGGAAAAUCCACAGCUCAGGUCGCUUUGAGGUGGAUUUACGAGCAAGGUGCAGGUAUGGUCGUUAAGAGCUUUAAGGAGGAGAGAAUGAAGGAAAAUAUUGACAUAUUUGAUUGGGAGAUCAGCAAGGAAGAGUUGCAUGAAAUUAGUCAAAUUCCACAACGUAAGGGAGUUUCAGGAGAAGAAUUUGUCUCUGCUCAUGGUCCUUUCAAGUCACUAGAUGAGUUAUGGGAUGGUGAAAUUUAAUGAGAGUUAUUAAGCAAAGGAUUGCAAGCAUGUAAUAUAUACUAUGGUUUUUAGUUGUACGUUCCUUCAUCUGCUCUUUUGAAGCCAUAUGAAACAUAUCUCUCAUAAUGUUGUGAUCUAUUGUGUU